CCGACUGACACUCCUUUAAAGAAAACCGGAAACUCUGCGAUGAAGGAGUGGUCAGCAGGCUACAUACCAAAAGCGAUUUGUUUGUAAAAGUUUCUUAAUCGUUCCUAACCCUCACAAUCUUUACAAUGUCGGGCUCAUCGAGCAUUGUGGCGAUGAAGAAAGUCGUCCAACAGUUACGUCUCGAAGCGGGCAUCAACAGAGUAAAGGUGUCCCAGGCCGCCGCGGACCUGCAGCAGUUCUGCCUGCAGCACGCCCAGCAGGACCCUCUGCUCUGCGGCAUGGCCACCAGCACCAACCCGUUCAGACCGCAGAAGGUCUGCUCCUUCCUAUAGCACCAACCAACACACCUGCAAACCCUCUGCCUGUUUUUGGACAUUGUGAAGCGUUGUUGGACUUGCGCUGUGGAAUGAUUCGUCUCAGGAGCGUAUGGGAAUUUGCGAACAAGAAACUAACCUAAGGUGUUUUUUUUUUUUUAAAUGAUUGCCUUUGUAAACUGUGAUAAACAUUUCCAUGUGCUUAUAUGGCACAAUACAAGUCUUAACCUUCUUGCUUGGAAAUAACUAACCCAAAUCGUGCCUUUUUGAAUUGUAAAACGUUCCAUAACUGAUUUUUGAGAAUAAAUAAAUGUAUUUUCCACAUU